AUGCCUCCAGCAUUUUCCUCCGGCAGCUCAUCACAACUUUGCAGAAUUAUCCCUACUCACCUCUAUUGCCCAGCUUGUUCAACAUGGCGAUCGCGACUGGCACGAUCAGGGAUCGCUCUGCAUCGCGCGAAGAAUCGAUUCGCGUCCACCCUCGCUUCUGCCACUGCAGUCAAUGCUACAAAAUCAAUACCUCCUAAAAAUAGAGACCUCCAUCAAGCUUUGAAUGAGCUGAGAAAGAAGGCACCUGGACAAGUCAGCCUCAGCAGGCUUCAAUUGGCGAUACAAGGACUCGAAAGCGAACAUCCGACGGCUCGAAUCGCUCUGCUUGGAGCAAACGUGCCGGUGACAGCUCGUCGCCUGAUUCGCCUCUUUUUGGCAGAUGCAUCAAAACCACAGCAUGACUGGGAAGCACGAAUCUUGGGAGAGGAUUCAUUGCAAAAUCAGGAUCUGAUCGUGAGAUUCGGCACUCCCCAGAACGAAGGUUUACAGCCUGCUAGUUCUAUACUACCAGUACUUUUCGUCCCCGCUCCGGUACUUCAGCAUCAAGGUAUUGAGAUAUUGAUAUCGUCUGUCAAAGUUCGAGACGCAAGCACCGGACUGAACGGAGAUACCCUUUCUGAUGUACUGCUUUCGCCUAUUAUCGGCACCCCCAACUCCGCUGCUGGACGGCAAUCCCUGAUCAGCCAACCAGUUCACCGGGCAGCAAUUGUGGCUAAUGGUCUCGAUGAGCUAGUAAGCGUCGCUGAGUUGUUGGCGAAGACAAAAUUUCAGUCUGGAUCUGAAAGAAGGCUGGUCGAUAUUGUCCUGAAUCUGGAAGGAAAUGUCCAGAGUUUAACCUCGGGAACUAUCACAGUGGAUGCAGCGAAAGCUGAGGAGGGCUUACAAGUUGUCCGGACAGACUUAGCCAAAGCGUCAGAAUUUGAAAAGGUAUGGACAGAAAGUGGUAUGCCAGCUUUAUCAAGGUGGCUUGCUAGCUCGUCUGCGGAGAGUAGUGUAGGUCUAUCGCCACUCCUACGCGACCUGAUAGCGUCUCUGUUGGAAGCAAUUAACGCCAACAUUGCGAUUCAAGCCCAAGAAGCCAGAAUCGUAGCUCGAUCAAAGGCAAUGACGACUGAAACACGGUUGUCACUUGAGAAUGCGAUCAAUACAUUUUCGCAACUGGGUCACGCGGAGCUACAAAGUGGACUGGCAGCAGCAUGGUCGUCCCGUAAUUGGCGCAAGUUGGCUUUCUGGAAAUUAUUUUGGAGAGUGGACGAUGUGCCAUUGAUUGUCACGGACCUGGUCACAACUGCCUGGCUGCCACGUACAGAACGGGCAGUAUACGAGCUCACCGGCCGAUUGAAGCAGGCAGGCGUCUCAAUGCCAUCGGAUUCGUCAACCAUGUUCUCACCACCACAACCUCGUGCCAUUCCAAUGCAAGCAGAUGUCAAAGAAAAGGCGUCUAGCCCUGUCAACGAGUCACUCAUUCUAGCCUCAACCGCUUCAACCGAAUCUGUUUCAACUCCCUUGCUUCCUCCUUCUAGGACUGUAAUCAAGACAGGCUCAGUUCCGUACAGAGCACAGUCUCUAGCGUCAACUAUCUCCACUUCCCGACAGGCCUUCAUAUUCACGGCUAUCACCUCCCUUAGUUCCUCCGCCCAGCAAAUCGUUCUGAAAGCCCUGACCAUCACAGGUGUUUCCGCAUCCCUAAGCGCUCUCUCCUUCCUCUCGGUUACCAAUGGCAGCAUCUAUGAAAGCGCCACCGUUCUCGCAUUGGGCACAGCCUACGCCUUGCGCCGGAUGCAAAGAGAAUGGGAGGUUCAAUGUAAGGACCUCGAGCAUGGAUUGAUGGAAAAGGGCAGAUCGGUUCUGAAGCAAACUGAGGAGCAUAUGAGGCGGCUUGUGAAUGAUGCAUCGCAAGUUGUCGAGGACGAGGCAGAGGUUCGUGCGAGGAGAGAGGCAAUUGAGGCGGUGGAGAAAGCGAAACUGGCGCUCGCGAAGCACACAUAA